CUUCAGGUCGCGCCGAGGAAGGAGCUCUCAGAAGACGCUCCUCGGGUUUGGAAAGAGAGAGACGGAAGAAGGGGAAGUAGAAGAGAGAGACGGUGGAGAUUGAAGUCUCGGUGUUGUGACGUGUGACAUAGACACGAGGGACUACUAGCCCCUGUCUCUUUCUCUGUGGUUAGCUGCUGCAUUUUUUUCCGUGUUUUGAUAAAGAUACAUUUGUUCCGGCCGUCCAAACAGAGCAGUGCAGAAAUCGAAAUAGAAACUUGUUGCAUUACGAAAGGAGUGUUGUAAUGGUACAUCACUGACGCGACAAAGGAAUUAAAGAUGAAGGAGACUCGCGCGCCCAUGUGGGCACUCGGCCUGGUGGCGGCAGCAGCGCUCUUGGCCUCCGUUCUGGCAGAGGGCGAUGACCUGGCCACACGAGACCGCCAGGGGAGAGUUGAGCUGCCUCCACACCCCCUGUACGCGUCCCUGCCGAGUGAGAACCGCAGGGUACUCACGCUUGGCGAAGGCGACGAGUUGCCCAACUACUUCUAUGAGGAUGACGAGGACGAAGGCGCUGCCGCUGGCGAGGACAUCGUCGGGGCCUUCGGCGACUCCGUGACGGGCUACAACCUCCCCGACUCCUUCUCGGCGGCGCCCUCCUACGCCGACCCCUCCCUCCUGACGGCCGUGAUGAAGCAGGCGGAGCAGGCCAACUUCAGGUACCCGCUGGCCACCACCCGCCGCCCUCCGGCCGACCAGGCGGCGUCGGGCAGCGUGUCGAGCGCUUCGCAGGCGACCGACAACGACCUGAACGCGUACUCACUGUUCCCGCCUCAGUUCCACGAGCUGCUGGCCAUCCCGCUGCACGUGUACAAGAACGGCUCGACGUACAACCCGCACGGGCGGCCCCACCACGUGCCCCUGCGCCCCUUCAUCUCCAAGGGCUACGCCAACACCAAGAUCCAGGGCGGAUCCAAGGUGCGCGUCCCCGAGAAGCAGGACACGCCCCACGUCGCCUACAAGCCCAAGCCCGUGUACGAGGACGCCCCCAAGCGACCCGCGACCAAGUACCAGACCACGACUCCCGCCUCUACUACUUCGACGACCACCACCACGACCACAACGACGACGACCACGCGUCCACCGACGACCACUACAACGUACCAACGGCCGAGACGACCAACGUACGCGUCGCCCCCUCCACGACCAUCUUACCGACCGACAGAAAGCACGACUACUGAAACGUACGACGAGACGACCGUCCCCUACUACUCACGACCCUCUAGCCUCCCCUUCCGCCCCCCCACGGGCUCCUCCCCACCCCUCACGAAGCCGACCCGCAGAGACCCCCCCGCAAAGGAGUCGUUCGACUACAAGAGACGACCCACCAUUCCCAGCGACCUCCCCCCCCUCAGGUACACCCGUCGCCCCUCCACAUACACGACACCAACCACGACCGAAAGACCCACGACCACCCCACGUCGCACGACCACCCCACGACCCACGACCGCCCCACGGCCCACGACCACCCCCUUCCCCGCCACGACUUUCCGCCGCACGACUCCCGCCCCACCGCCGCCCACCACGCGCCGCCAGCCCGACUUCAGCUACGAGACGUUCAGAGUGACGUCGAAGCCCGCCGCUGUGGCCGCCCCGGCUCGCGACGCCCUCCCGCCUUCGCCCCGCCCGACGCCCGGCGGCCGCCCGCGCCCCACGCCCGUGCAGCAAGACCCCCCGGCCGCCGCCGUCCAGCCUAAGCCCACGCGCGUCGAAAGGCCGCAGGCGGAGGGCGUGGUCGAGUUCCGCCCCUCGAAGAUCGACCCGUUCCUUCCCCCGAGGUCGCCGCCCACCACCUACCGGCCGCCCGCCGCCAACAGUCCAAUCCCCCCCCAGGGCACGCCUCAGCAGCUUCCUCCGGUAGUCAACACCUUCCAGCCGCCCGUUUCAGCGCCCGCGCCUCCCCCCAGCUCAGCCCCCGCCUCUCUCGACCGCCUUCCACCUCCGCCUCAGCCGCCCAGCAGGCCCUUCGUCCCCCCGCCUCCACCUCGACCCCCCACCCGCCCACUCUCUUCCCUGCCUCCAUUGCCCUCUGGCCGCCCACGACCCCUCGAGAACCGCCCUCUUCUUCCUCCUCCUCCUCCUCUUCCUUCGCCUUUCGCGAGACCCGCCGAAGGCCGCCCAGUCUUGCCUCCAGCCUCCUUCGGGCCACCGCCUCGCCAGCCCGCCCCGCUCGUGCCGCGCCCUUCGCCUGCCCAGCUCCCCGCCCCCAUCCCUGACACCAAGAAGCCGACCCGCCCCUGGAAGGACGCCUCGCACGCCACUCACUUCCAGAUCAUCGAGGUUCCCGAAGCCUCGCCGCCACGCCCUCAGGACGUCGCUGAACAGCCUGACCCUGGUUUUAACCUUCCUGCAGAAGCUGACAACCUCCCGAGACGCCCGCAGGCCCAGCCGGCGAAGCCCGACUUGGACGGAGUGAACGUCUUGCCACGAUUCCGCCCGAACGCCCCUCCGCAGCAAGAGACUUUCGGAUUCCAGGACCCCCCCAGGAGAGUCUUCAACACCCGCCCCCGCCCUCUGCGCCCGGACAGACGCCCAGUGCUGAGCAAGCGCCCACAUUUCUUGGAGAACUUCAGUUUCUUCGGUCGCACGCCCGUCGACCGGCGGCGGGGCGAGACAGGCCCUCUGGUGGACACCAACAACGCGAACGUCAAGGUGAGCACUAAGCAGCCCGAGGGAGACGCACUUCGCUACAAGCUCCACCAUGGCCCCGUCCCCAACAACGCGCAGAAGGUCGUUGUGAUCGGGCCGUUCAACCAGCCCCCGCCCGGCGCGCCCAUCAUCCCCCUUCCAGACAAGGAGGUGCCGCCACCCGUGGCGCCCAAGAAUCCCGGGCUCCUCCCACCUCCUCCUCCUCCUCCUGCGCCAAGCCGAAGAGUCUCAGCUCCUCCCCAGACGAAUUCUGGAGCCGUUAAGAAGCCGGAAACCCACCUCCCUCCCCCUCCCCCUCCUCCACCUGCAGGCAUCCCCCAGCCCCUCCUACGAGCCCCGGCCCCUCUCCCUCCUCAGCCGCUUAUCCAGGCGCCACCGGUGAGCUCUCAGGACCUGCUAGAGAAGACGGUUCCCGCGGGUGUCAACAGCGAGCCCAUGGACGCCGAGAAUAAAAAGGAAGACAGGAUGACGGACUCAGCCGGAGAGACUUCCACGAGCACGAGCAGCGCGCAGGGCCCCUCGCCCAACGCCUCCCGGACUGCCUUGGGCGCCACUGAUCCUGAGGAGGUGAGCGAGGAGCACAAGGAGGCCAUCAUCGCCGGCAGAAUCAGGUUCCCGGCAUUCCCCAGCGUCGAGAGGUCCGACUCAGGCAACGGCGGCCUCCCCCCCGGCGCCAUCCCCAUGCCAGUGCCCAUCUUUGACGGCUCCAAGCUGGUGGUGCCCGCCCACAACCAGGCCUCCCGCCGCGUCCUCCGUCUCCCAACUCCCAAGCCAUCCGCCUCGUCCUCCUUCUGGUCCUUCUUAGGCUUCGGGUCCUCCGAGCCCUCCCCGCCGCCCGUGGCAGCUGACAGACGGGUUGUUGUGGGCCCUCCGGCGCCGCACUCGCCCGCCCGCGUGCCCUCGCAGCCCGCCAAUUACAUCCGCCCUCCACCGCCCUUCAGGUCUCAGCCUCAGCAGGGUGUGACUUCCAAGCCCCGGCCAGUCUACAACCCACGCCCACAGCCCUUCUACACCAGAGCGGACCGCCCCGCUCCCGCCACAAGCCCGCGUCCUACGCCGGCCGCGAACCCGCCCCCGGUCUCGCACCCUGGCUCAGCCACGCGCCCCAACCCACCGGCGUUCGUGGCUCCGUCGGCGCGCCCUGAGGCCACGCCCCGCCCUUUCAGACAGAACCCUCCUUCGACAGAGCCAAGACCAGUCUAUAGACACACCUCUACAGCCCCCCCGCCCACUGCACCCACGACUACAACGACGACCACGACCUCCACUACCACCACCACCACCACGACCCCCCGACCCACGACCACCAGAUCGCCGACGUCACGCUCGCCACCCACGACCUCACAGCCCGUGACGCCCAUGCGCAUCACUGAGUACAACCCCUACUACGCCCAUGCGCCACAGUACGAUGAGAAUCGGGGUGGAUUCAAGCCGCCCACGCUUCAGUCUUCCUCUUAUGAUGGCUGGAGGGUCGUGGGCGUGCCGUCUACGCCCCUGGAAGGACAGGGCGACUCGCUCAGCCCCGUCGUAUCUUUCGUGAAGGAGAACACACCCGAGAUCAUUAUCAGGGCGCCCACUCACGAGAGCAACGACGACGACAUUGUGACGGGCGUGAUCAGCGACAGGAUGGGCGAGGUCGAGGACGAGGACCAACUCGUCCAAUUUUCGUCGCGACUCAACGUCGAGACGCCGGGAAUCGUCCAAAGUUACUGGGUCAAGGCGCCGUCCCUCGCCUAAGGCCUCAGGGAAGUGAGAGAGAGAGGGAGAUGGAGAGAGAGAACACGAGAGAGAGAGAGAGAGAGAGAGAGAGAGAGAGAGAGAGAGAGAGAGAGAGAGAGAGAGAGAGAGAGAGAGAGAGAGAGAGAGAGAGAGAGAGAGAGAGAGAGAGAGAGAGAGAGAGAGAGAGAGAGAGAGGCCCACUUCCCUCCUCCCAAACGUACCCUGAGGGCGACCCGAAGAGUCCCGGGGAUGAGCCAGCCCGGGAGUGCAACGGCGCUGUCUCCGGAGCCUCGCAGACGUCGGGUUCUCAACGAGAACUCCGCGCAUCCCUUAUAUGCUAAUUCUCUCCACAGGAUUCCGGCGACGGCGCUGCGGAGACUCAUCGGUGACUCAUUCUCAUGACUCAUGACCCAACAUCACCCACGUGACUCACAGUGAGAGACAAGCAAACAAACAAACAGAUGAAUUGAAACACACUAGUGACGUGUCCUAAAACGAGCAUUCAUGUCGACUUUUAUAGCAACAGUAGACAAGAACAUUAGUUUAUGCUCAAUAGAACUAAGGAUAAGUAAAUGGGUUACUUAAUUAACAUUUCCUCGAAUCUAACUCCGUAGGAAAUUAAUACUGAGGGGAUUUCUUUCCUUGCCGAACUCGACACAAAACUAGUGACUGUGAUAGAACAUCGACUUCCGCCUCGCUAUCAUUAGGGGAAGAAGAAAAGACAAGAAAAUAAUGACAAGUGCUCAAAGGGUGACAUGCAUUUUUUUUUUACUUACCGAAAAUAAGCAAAUUACCUCUUUUCCUUUGCAAUCGACUGUAUGCUACUGACUGACCUUGUAUGAGACUGGACUUUGACCUCAGCCACAUUAUUGGGGACAAUGGUGACCCAAGGUUUGUUCCGAGUCAUAUUUAUUAAUCACCUCGUCACUCAUUUAUCCAUUGAAUUAUUUAUGUUCAUCCACUCGCCUAUUUAUUACCUAUUUACUUGCCUAUCUAUUUAUUAAUCUAUUUAUUUAUCUACUCAUGUAUUUAUCUAUUCAUCUAUUCAUUCGUCCAUGCAUUCAUUAACUCAUUUCUUAACUUAUUCAGUUAUUAAUUCCUGUUAUAAAUUCACAUACCUAUUUAUUUAUUUAUUUAUCUAUUUAAUUAUUCUCAUAUAUCAUAUCACUCAUCCAAACUAUAAACAGAAUGAAAUUCAUCUUGAUACACUAUUUACACAAAUAGAAACAAGAUGAAAAAUUAUAGAUGCUUCACACUUUUUCAACUACUCUGGCUUUUAAAUACACGCGAAAAACACAGGGAAUCAGAGUCAACACGCAGGUCCAAUUAUAAGGUUUCGGAUCACCUUUUGUCCUCUAUUUUGGCUGCUGGUCGAACCUGUCUCGGUGAGCAUUUCGAGCUUUUUAUUCUUGAUUAUUUUUUUACUCUAAUUUAUUUUAUGCUGCUUCAUGUUAUACUCUGUCUCCUCUCUAUGUCUACUUUAUUAGCUGUGUCCUUUGGUGUCUUAUGGUACUUCUCAUUAGACUGUUAUUUCACUUGACGUGUUGUGACUGGAUAUGUUUAUUGUCAUGGACUGAGUUUUUCACGUUUUUUUCCAAUUGUUUCAGUGUUAUUUUGAAAGAGAAUGUACUUUUAUUUAUCUCUUUUGUUAGAAAGUUACAGAUUUUCUUGUGCCAGAUGAUAUGUACAACGUGACUGAAUUAUUUAUUCGGUGACUAAGGUAAUUUUGAUUCGCUAUUCGAUUUAUAUACUGACCUGUAGCCACAUUGUAACGUUACGCCUGCAUUCAGUUAUAAAAUGUAUUAAUCUAUAUUGAUUACAUUGUUAGACUUUCUAUUAUAUCUCCCAAGAAGAUUAAAAAAUCAAAAGCAUGACAUGACUUUUGACAUAGUUUACAAUCCACAAUAUCAGACAGUUGAAGUCUCUUAAAUGCUGACGAUGGAAAAACUACGACUGACACCCAAAUGACAUGACAACAUCAUCGAGACGUAAUAACAUCCAGUGACGUGACAGUGUAAUGACGUAAAAGCUGUGACACCUAUUUCUGUUUCUCUUUUGUGGACGAGAAAGGCAAGUGCUAAAACAGAAUACAGCGUCAGGAACAGACCUUACAAGACUGACGUAAAAAAAGAGAGAAAAAGUGACACGAAAGGAAAUACUGAAAUGAAGUGACUUGACGCACGCUUGCUUUGGCGGCAUGGACUAUAUCUGACAUGACUUCAGAUUUUACGCCAAAAGCACGUGAGGUCUUAUUCCCCUCCCCCCCAACCAUGCACCCCUCUCCCUCCUCCCCCCCACACCCACACUUGUACACAAAUAAGUUCAAGAAAUGAGACUGUCGAAGGAAAAUUAAAUAAUAGUGGCAUUCAAUUUCACGAUUUCCACUCCCUGGUUUGAUGGAGAUUGUUGAUAGUUUAAGUUAAAAUGUGUAGCUGAAUGUGUCGGUACCAAAAUAUCCUUUUCGUUGGUAGAAAAACCCACAAUGAAAAAACUAGAUUUAUUGAAAAUGAAA